AUGCCAGGGCUAUCCCGCUAUUUGGAUAGACGACUUCUCAAUACUGGAAAAGCAUCUAUGAAGGUUACAACCACAUCUGAAGUGGCUACAGGAUUGUUAAAGAUACUGAAUGGAGAAUUGUAUGACUGUGUCUUGAUAGAUGCUGACAUAAGUGAAAUGGAUAUGGUGUAUUUUCUUCAUCAAACUUUUAAGCAUCAACCUCAUUUAUCUAUAAUUAGUAAGAUGAUGGCUUCCCAUAAUACUCACAUGCGACUCCUUAAGGAAAUUGUAGAAAAUGAGGCGGUUUUAUAUCUCCCAAAACCAUGUGGUGAUAAGGAGAUUUGCAAUAUUUGGAAACAUGUUUGUAGAAAGAUAAUAUCAUUUGAAGGAUGUAACUACUCAAAUGGAGAAUCACCUGAAGAAAACCAAGAGCCCAACAUCUACAAGAGGGUUGAUCAGAUAGUUAAGCAAUCAACAAAUCUCAACCCCAAAUUUAUCUAUAACAACUUAUCAUCAGAAGAUGUCACUCAAGAAGGACUAAACAUUAACUCACCGGAGUAUAAUGCCAUUUUUAAGCCAGUUACAUAUGAGGAAGUACGAGACAAUGAUCAUGAUAAAGAACAUAUUCAUGAGCAUAAGAGAACAAAUGAUCAACUUGUUGAAGAUGACAAAUAUUAUAAAAAGAUAUUUGAUACCAAGAAGCGGAUUUCAUGGACGAGUGUUCUUCACAAAAAGUUUGUUGAGGCAGUCAAUACACUUGGGAAACAAAAAGCUUAUCCUUCUGCAAUUCUAGAAGCGAUGAAUGUUCCGGGACUCACACGUAGUCAGAUCGCGAGCCACCUACAGAAAUACCAAGAACAUCAAAAGAGUAUCAAGAAACCAACCUUGAUACCACAAAAGAAAAAGCAAGUAGAGAGAUAUGCUUACAACAAAUGUGGGCAAUCGACCCCAGCUAAUGAUUUUGAAUCCAUCCCUCAAUCCAGUAACAUCCGGCCACCAUUGAUGCUUAAUUCUAUAGGAAUGUCUUACAUGACCAUAAACAACAUCAAGGCUCGACUGCAAAGAGCUCCUCCGUUACAUGUACCACAACCAAAAACCACCAUUAAUAACUCUUACAGUGAUCAAUCAACAAAUCAUAGUUUUUGUCAUACUUCAUUGGGUGAAACAAGCAAGAUCAUUACUUUUGGAUUAGUUGAAAGCUGUAACAGUAUUAUUGGUCGAAGAAAUGAAGUUCAAAUGACAAGAAAUGAUGUUAAAAUGACAAGAAAUAGUUAUGAAAGUACAACGGGGCCACUAAAGGAUGGUGAAACUAUGGCAAUGAACCUGAUGGAUUUUGGCGAAGUUGUGGCUCCAGUAGAUGCAACUAGUUCCCUGACACCACUAAAUUAUACAGAUGCAACUAGUUCACUGACACUGCUAAAUUAUUCAGGAACUUCAAUAGAGAAAUCGGUCUCUGGAAUGACACCUUCGUAUUAUGGUGUAGGAACUAGGUUGCAACCAUUAGAGAGUUUUGCACUUGGUGGAGAAAACUAUGAUCUUGAGAUGCGUGAGAUAUCAAAUGUGUUUGGGAUGAUUAAUUCCAAUGGUGGUCACACUUCAGCGUCAUUAAAUCAUAAUUAUCUUAUUCACUCUCAAGAUUUGCUGGGAAACAAUGAGAAUUUAUCUCCAACAUUUCUACAUACACCAACUGAUCAUGAUGAUGUGGGGCAUUCCACAAACCCGAACUUUUCUAAUUCAAAUUUAUUUCCAUUUGGAGUUGGAAGUGUUGGUUAUUCUAAUCCUCAUUUUCUUAGUGAAGAAAAUAACAGGCAAGCACAAACAUUUCCACCUUUCAACUCUCUUGGAUUGGUGGAUGGGAUUGAACGUACAGCCAUGGAAAGUGACAUGUUUGUAGAUGAAACCCAAUAUCUUCUUGAUAUGACCGUGAAUCUUCUUGAUGAACUUGAUGAUGAUUUAAUAAAUGGACCAUGGUAG